UCAUUUUACUGAACAUUUCAGCCCAGGUGAUGUGUGGGUGUGACGCAGCUCCUCCCCUUACAACCAGCCUUUCCAAUUAUUGAACAGAACUCCUGUCAUGUUUGAAUGAAACGUUUGUAGCCAGAAUAAAUUUAACAUUUGGGGCUUGUUUACACUGUGCUUUCAUGUCUGAACAGACUUCUAUGUGGCAAAUUUAUUUUACUCUAAAAGCAAAACACAACUGUUUUGAUCAACUCUGAUUUAUGCAUUUCUACUACACUUCCCAGGAUGCAAUGGGUAAUUCCUCUGAGUAGACCACACACAAAAAAAGGCUCAAGAUACCAACCCUUCAAAACAAAGACGACAUUUUGGAAGUUUAAAACAAUAAAAUUAAAAUAAAAGAUGUGUAAAGGGAGUCCUGUUGCGCGUUUUGAAGAAACGUUAACCUGCAGUGACCAGUUCAACCAGCAGGUGGCACAGGAGAGCUGAAAUGUGACUGAAAAGAUUUCUGCUCCUGAAUUAUUCCAAUAAAUUUAAUUAUUUCAUGAGAAAAGAAGACUUUUAUAUCCCGCCUCAUCAAUACACUCAACAUCUGUGCAGAAUCUGAUAUAAAAUAGUUCUGAUGCUACAAAAACCCUCAUUUAGUGGUGUAAAAAGCAAAGUUUUCCACUAAAAAUGUAAGAACAAGUUUGAAUUUAAGACAAUAAAAUGCUGGCAGAUUGAUUGAAAUUACAUGAAAUAAGGGGAAAAAGUGAAUAUCUUGGUUCACUUUUUGGAUUGACAUAAAAAUGUAGGCAAGUGGGUUCAGCUGCUCCGUUUAUGUUUACGAUUUAAUCUCUGAAUGUGGUCAGAUUUUAGUUCAAGUUGUUAAAUGUUAAAUAAUCAGAAGGAAACUUAUGCAUAAAAGAAAAAUAUCAAUUUUCUUUGCCAGGAAACUUUUAUGUUAUGAAGAUGCUCGAUGUGUUUCAAGUAUUUAUUAAGAUAAUUUGUUUUAUAGUCAAGUUGGUAGUUACAUUUAUGUAAUAUAUAUAUAUUUAGGAGUAUUUUUACUAUGCUGUACUUUUGAAAUCCCUCAAUCAGGAAAUUUAACUUCCAAGAACUGAAGUCUUCUGACAUCUUUGGAGAAAGAUCCAGGAUUUCCCUGCUGCCAGGUGGAAAACGUUUCCUCAGGAUCUCUGGAGUUCCACUUCUGCAAAUGAAUCUGCUCUCUCUCCUUCUGCCUCUUUAAAAAUCACUUCCACAAAAAAAAAGUCCUUUGGCAGCCAAUCAUAAAGUCGGGAGUCCAGCCUCAAUCCAGAGUCACUCUCUCCUUCCUCUCCGCAGGAUGCUCCUCUUCCUCUCCCUCGCCGCCGUCCUGUCUGCGGGCCGCGCCAUGGAGAUGAACCAGACCUCCAAGCUGCUGGCGGACAGCUUGGAGCAGUGCUCAGCCUGCGACUUCCGGGAGCACAGCAAGCAGCUGCGGCUCCACAGCAUCCGCUCGCAGAUCCUCAGCAUCCUGCGGCUGGAGCAGGCGCCCAACAUCAGCCGGGACAUGAUCCGCCAGCUCAUCCCCAAGGCGCCGCCUCUGACGCAGCUGCUGGACCAGUACGACCCGCGGGUGGAGGACGAGGAGCACGCCACGACCGAGACCAUCAUCACCAUGGCAACGAAGCCCAAUCCCGUCCCUGCAGAGCAGCUUUCCUCCUGCUGCCUGUUCAGCCUCAGUCCAAAGAUCCAGCCUAAGAACAUCCUGAGCGCCCAGCUGUGGGUUCACCUGCGACCGUCCCUCGCCGUCACCACCGUCUUCCUGCAGGUGUCGCGCCUCCGGCCGGCCAGGGAGGGGAACGGCACGCGGGUCCGGGUCCGGGUCCGCUCCCUGAAGGUCGACACGGAGGCCGGAGCCAGCUCCUGGCAGAGCAUCGACAUCAAGUCCCUGCUGCAGGCCUGGCUGCGGCAGCCGGAGAGCAGCUACGGCCUGGAGAUCAACGCCUUCAGCAGCAGGGGAGAAGACCUGGCCGUCACAUCAGCAGAGCCUGGAGAGGAGGGACUGCAACCGUUCAUCGAAGUGAAGAUCCUGGACAGCUCUAAGCGCUCCCGGCGAGACUCCGGACUGGACUGCGACGAGGAAUCCUCAGAGACCCGCUGCUGCCGCUACCCGCUCACCGUCGACUUCGAGGAGUUCGGCUGGGACUGGAUCAUCGCCCCCAAACGUUACCGCGCCAACUACUGCUCAGGGGAGUGCGAGUUCCUCCACCUGCAGCAGUAUCCGCACGCACACCUGGUGAACAAGGCCAACCCGCGCGGCUCCACCGGGCCCUGCUGCACGCCCACCAAGAUGUCGCCCAUAAACAUGCUUUACUUCAACCGCAAGGAGCAGAUCAUCUACGGGAAGAUCCCGUCCAUGGUGGUGGACAACUGUGGCUGCUCGUGAAGACGAAGCGAUCUGUGCUGUCUAGAUGCAGCACAGCAGCAUCUAGUGGUGGAUCUGGAGAACUGCAGCCCAGCUUGAGGCUUUUGUCUGGAAGAAAUGUGGAUUGUUGAUGUUUUGAGCCGACAUGAAACAUUUAAUCCAUAAUUUUCCGGGGAGAGCUAAACAUGGAUCAGUGUCGGAGCAGAAACUGGGAUCCCAGUUGGAGGCGCCAUCCCAGUUUAACGCCCAGAGCAGAUGUCCUGACUGUUGUUGUCUUCAUGGGGGUUUGUGACCCGAAAAGACUUUGUUCUGCUGAAACUCAGAUUCACAUCACUGAUAACUUUAAACAGGUUUGAUUCUAAAAAUCACAUUCUGUCCUUUUAUUAAAGUUAAAAACUCCUUUUUUUGUUUUCGAUUUAAGAUGUGAAUAGAAUACGUUACAAGUUGUACAUUUCCGUCAAAUCUUUCUUUUCUAUCAAACUUUGCAUUUAAAACCAGUUUCUGGAGAUAAAUUGAUAAUAAAAUAACCUUUCAGCCAUGUUGAUUCCCAUCCUGUCUUCUUGUCACUAAAAUGUUUCCUUUUUGUGUCACAACUUACUCAAUUUAAGAAGUAAGUUCAGCCAAAGGAGUCUGAAUGCAUUUCCUGUUUAAAACAUCAGCUGAGUUGAUAUUUGCCAAGGCCAGUUUAUUUUAUUUGCACAAUUUUUUUAUGUUUCAUUUGAUUUUAUUGGAAGCAAAAUCACUUUUUGAAAAAUCUGAGUAAAGACCUUUGAUUAUUUUGUAAAGUCUGAUUGCUUUUCUAUCAAUA